CACUGCUUACGGGACCCACAGGCUCCCCGAUUGUGUUCCGCUCUCAUCAUUUCUGGAGGUGUAAGGACAAAAGAAAAAAAGAAGAAGAAGAAAAGGCCCGGGAUCUGGGUGUCGUGACGGGGGCCCCCUGCUUCGCCGCCGCCGCCGGUUGGUUCGCGGCUGUCUGGACUCAGGAGGCUGAGGGGGGAAAAGCGGCGGAGCGGGUCGACUCUAGGCUGGGGUUUCCUGCCACAGCAGCGGGAUUGUCACAAAAACAGCCUUUCACUCUUCGCGGGGCCUGUAACCGCUGCGUUUCCAGACCACCAGCUGAUGGGAGCACAAGUAUCGCAUGUGAAUGGAUUUACUGAAUACACAAACUGGGAUUGAUGGAAUCUGAAUUGGAAUAAAUGGAUUACCCCUAUUUUUGGAAAAACUGUUGCCGUGGAACUGUUGACGAGGAGGAGCAGCAGUGAAUGCUGAAGACGGUGAACACCAGGAGGAGUCAUAAUAAAAAAGUACUGAAUAAUAGAACAAAUGCAUCUAUAGGCCAAAUGAGUGCCUGCUAUAGACACUGAGAGAUUUUUUUUAUUUUUAACUGACAUCGGGGGGGAAAGAAAAAUGCAGAAUUUCCCCAACAGCCCUGCUCCUCCCACAAUCCCUCCUGGAUUCAGCGGGAGGAGCAUGGGUGGACCGCCGUAUCCCCCUCAGCCGGUGGAGCCCCAGAUCUCUCCAAGGAUGACUGAAGAUUACGUCGGGAUGCAGCAGCAGAGCAUUCACAGAGGACACCACCACCCGAGUCAAGCCAGCCACAUGCUCGCAUACGGCGCCAGAAACAGAGGAGCUUUGGAGCCGCCGCCAACACAGGGUAACCUCCACACGGGAAACAACAACAACCCCUACAGGAAGGAGGCUAUGGAUUAUUAUUUUUCAAUGUGUGGAAAAGACAGACACAGGAGGGGAGGUAUGGGUUACAGUGGAGGUUUCGGUUACCCAAGUAUUGACGGACAUAUACCCCACCAGUAUAGACAUCCUGGAUCCAGUCCUGCCGCCUCAUCCGGCCUGAUGUCCCCUUACCCAGUGGAUUACGGUUCUACUGCUGGUUCCGUGGGAACUGCCGGAGCCUUCUCUCCUUCUCAUCAGUACAGUAUGAAUCAGAACCCCGUGAUGCAGUCAGUUCCAGGUUCUCAAAUGCCACAGCGCCAGCAUGGGCAGAGCUUUCCUCCUGUCCACCAUGCACAGCAGCAAAGAAGCUACCAACACUCCGGGCAUAGGAUGACCCCACAGUACUCUCAUUACUCUCCACAGGGGGGAGCAUCAACAGGGUCGUCUGGAAUGUACAGCCCACCUCCACACAGAUAUCUGGACGGAGCUACAAACACCAGCUUUGAUCCUAAAGGUAACAGCUCCCAAAGUGUCCCUGCUAGCUCCAAUUCAGUCUCCAGUGCAGGCGCUGCUAACAAUGUUGGACCAGUGGAGAGCAUUCAGCAGGGUUACCCAGCUUCAAAUUAUUCUGGAUACCUCCCGCAGCCUCAUUCGCUCCACAAACAAGCCGCACUACAGCACAGAAACUCUCAGCAUAGUUCAGGGGUCGGCUAUGAUGCUUCUCUGAAAAUGUCUCACCAGGGUCCAUCUCCUGGUGCUGUUUAUGCUAAACAUCAUCAAGCCGCAACCACAAGUAUAGCUCAGCCAUCCUCCCAAGAAAUAGCUAAAUCCCCUAUGCAUUCUAAUGCACAGCAAACUCACAUGAACCAAAACUUCAGCCCCAUAUCCAACCCUUCCCCUGCUGCCUCUGCAGUUCAUUCCCCCAGCUGUAGCUCCUCUCCUUCCCCACUCAUGGGGGUCUCAGAGGCUCUCGGAAACGCCUCAAAUCAUGGUCCAUCUAUGUCCGGCACUCGUAGCACCCAUGGCCACGGACGGUUACUGCAAACUGCGCCUCAGUUAAGUCCCACCCCCAACUCUAACAGCAGCAUCAGUAGCUGCGGCAGCAGUGGCAGCCAAAAAGCUCACAGCCUGAAUGCGGUCGGAGGGAGCGGUCUACCUUCAGUGGGUCGAAGUAAAAUCAACCAGGGAUCCCGAGAGGAAGGCUCCUCUGUUUAUUCCACUUCCUCUCUUGACAGAAUGCAGGAUGCCGGUCUGAAUAGUCUAAAUGCCUUGAGCUCCCAAGUAGCCAAUUUGCCAAACACCGUUCAGCACAUGCUUCUCACUGACACAGUGUUUUCCCACAAGAAGAGAGACGGCGGGCAGACGCCACAGGCAGCACACUGCCUGCCCCAAUCACAACCCAGGAGUCGGCAUUUAAGUGCCGCCUCAAACUGCAGCGCAGCGAAAGACGUCAGGACCAGUGAAGGGGCUGAGGAUGACUCUUCUGGGAUGCCCUGCGUAGCUCCAUCAGGGACCAAAGUAGAGCGAGAAGAGCGGCUGUCAGAGGGGGAGCCUGGGAGAGCAGGGCAGGUGGAUGGUGCGAGCACAGGGUUUGAGGCAGCAGGCUAUACUCCAACCCAAACACAGACUGGAGAGGGAUGUAAUAUUAAAAAAUCUGUCCCUGAUGCAGAAUCGAAAGAAGCAGCCGUCACAGACGCUAAAACAGAAGAAACUACCAUUCCUUCAUCAGCAGCAUCUCCAUCCUCUGAGGGUGGCCUGACUUCACAUUCAGCACCUCCUGUUCCCUCAUCCCCCUCCCCCAAUAUUCCUUCUGCCAUAAUGCAAAAUUGUGUCCCAGAAACUGGUUUGGCACACAGUGACCACAGAGGUGGGGAAAUUAAAAAGGAAAGCGAAGCAGCAGCUGAGAAAACAGAGAAGGUCAGCAGCCAAAUGCAACAAGAUGGAGGAGCGAGUGCAAAAAAUGGCCAGGAGAAAGAAAGUAUGUUGCACUCUGAAUCUCAGUCGCACAGUAACAAGGAGGGGAAAAAACACGCUUCAGAGGAGCAGCAGAAUGUCAGCAGCGUUGGUGUGAUUGUUUCAAGUCACACUGACAAAAGUAAGCAUCCCCAAGACAACUGUGUGGAAGAGAAAAUGUCACUCUCUUAUUUGAAAAAGAUGAGCAGUCAUAACGGGGAGGAGAGCGUAGAUCUUAGCAUGUAUUCGUCCCAUCAUCAAAGGUCAAACAGUGGGAGGUCUCCCAAUCCUCCACAUUCUGCUUCGCAUAAAUACAACUACCCAGAAUCGACUUAUGGCUCAGAUUUAUCCAUGAAAAACAGAGCCAGGGCUGGAACAGUAAUGGAAACAAACCCUAGGUACUUUGGGUACCAGCACUCGCAAACUGGUUACACUCCAAAAGACGCAUCCAGUUCUGAGGCCAUGGUGAAGAGGGGCCACGGGGCGGGGUCUAAAGCUCAGGAGGAGAACUCGCAGAUGCAGCAGUUCCCGAGUCUCCUGCAAGAGGUUCUGCAGGGUUACAAUUUAGAUAGACGCUACGGUAGACCAGAGCAAACAUUCCCUGCACGUCACCAAGCCCAACAGCAGUUUCCAGGCAGACAUUCACUUGGCACGACAGAUGGCACUCGGAUACAGAGUGGAGCACCUGAGGGUUCCUCUUACUCGGCUCAGAUCGGAAAGUCCACAAAUCAGAAACAUGGAGGAGAUUCGGAUUUCACCUCAGACACUAAGCCCCUAGUAAAAUCAGAAGUAUCCAAUAUCAAUACUCUACAAAAUACUGAAAAAUCUGACAUGGGUGUUUCCCACAGCCAUAUAACACAGACUGCUGAUUCCCAACACCCUCCGGUUAAACAUACCAGCUUAUCUGACUAUUCUAUGCCACAGAGAAAAACUUUAUCUAACGUACAGGAGCUGCUUUUGCAAGAGCCCGAACCGUUAACCCCAACUUCUCAAAACGAGCCUCAGAAAUCGUCGGGUUCCACGCUUGCCCCGUCAGAACGGCGAUCAGUCAUAUGUGACGUGUCGCCGAACCGCCGUGGCACACCGGAGCGGGAAAGGGAGGUGGAAAGGGAAAAAGAACGGGAGAAAAGUCAAAGCGGGGCCUCCGUGAUUCAGCAGCCAUUUUCCUCUUCGGCUGCACCCAGUGAUCUCUGUAAAAAGGAUGAUGGAGAAAAACAAGUGAAAAUAGAAAAUGUUCCUAAAGAGUCUGGAAAUCUGCAAAAUGAGAAUCAUGCCAGUGAGUCCGAGGUGGGGUAUCAUUCCAAAACUUCACAUUUAUCGAGCGGAGUGAGCGCUGACCCCUACCGGCGAGGUGCCGUAGAUAUAACCCCCAUGCCCUCCCACCCUGUGACCAUGACCUCUUUGUCCUCGCCAACAAGGCAUCACUCAUAUCUCCAUGGAGUCGAUCUAUCGUCUGGCAGCGGCGGUGCAUUUCCUGGGUAUAGAUACGGAGACUCAAGGGAAGACAAUGUGAUGUCACGCAGUAAUCUGCAUUUUCCCUCACACCAUCCCUUCCACCAUUUACCUCCACAGCCUCAAUCUACCAGUAAGCUUCAGAUGUUUCCUCACCAACGUGGCCCCCCUCAUCCUCACGACAUGAGCGACUGGGUCAAAGCCAUAAACAGGCCUUCGAAGGAGAUGAUGAUGCAGCAAGGAGCUUCUCCUGGGAGACACAAGGUUAACCAAUCGGAGCAGAGACAGCGAUUAAUCCCACCGGCUGACAUGCAAGUUGAACAAACAAGCAAAACACAAUCAGUGCAUCAUCAAAAUCCUUAUUAUGACAUGAAAAUGUGGGAGUCGACGCAUCCGGACAGAGGGGGUGCACGGAUGAGGGAGGGAGACUUCUAUAGAGCCCAGCCUCCUCCCCCAGUAGCAUCACACAGUCACGUUCAGACGCCAAUGACUCAUGGCCACAGUGCUGCCAAACUGGAAGCAUCUAGAGGAGCUUUGGAGGAAGCCAAACACCCCUGCCCACCUCCUCCACCCAUCUCUUCUAAGCCUCCUGCAGAAAAAAACGCCACUCAGCCACCGGCACAACGUGUGACUAAGGCUGGAGGUUCCGGUGACACGAAUCCCCUAAUGUUAAGAAGAAGGGUUCGCUCUUUUAUCUCUCCCAUUCCUGCCAAAAGACUGCUCCAGGACGCACCUCAGCAGAGAGCCGCUCCAAACUCACAUCACUCCCCUGGAGCUCAGUCAGAACCCAGCCAUCACAACGACGAUGACUCAUCCAACUGUGAGGUUCCGUGUCCUCGGCUAUCCUCCCCACAGCCAGGGGAGAACACCUUCAUACAGCCACUGUCUCCAUCAGGUGGCAACACUAAGGUUUUGGCCGCCAGAAAAGGACGAGGCUUAAAGUUGGAGGCAAUAGUUCAGAAAAUCACUCCAAACAUUAAAAAGCCAGCGGGCUCCACUGAUGAGGAGUCAAAUCAUUAUCCUGGUUUCUUGCACUCAGAAACAGCAACAUUUAAUGAGUCACAGGACCAAGACUUGCUGCAUUUCCCCAGGGUUUCAGGAGGGGAGGAUAGUUACAUGGAUGAAAGUCACUCAUUAAAUAACAUGAUUCCAUUCAGAGGAGUGGAUGAAACUGGGCCUCUACCCCCACCCUCUUUCCCCCGUGAAUCCCACCAGGCGACUCAAGCCAAGCAGCAAGAUUUUGACUUUGGGUUAGGGGCUUCUGUGGCAUCUGCAUCUGGUGACAAGGAGGACUUUGCUUUGCUUGGCCCGUUGCCUCCUCCCCCACCUCUCCCCCGCCCGGUUCAGGGUUCACCGCCUCCUUCUUCCUCUGCGCUGUCAGACAUUCAGCAUUUUACAAACACUUACCAGCAGCUGGAGACUCGAAGGGGUGAGCAGUCUGCUGCUAACCUCCUUCGACAGAAACUUCAAGAAUCCAGUAUGGGAUUUGAGGAUUAUCCUGGCAGCGACUACUACGGGACCACCCCGCCCCACCAAGGCCACAUGUUGAACAGGCAUCAGAUGUCCUCUGGAAGGUCCAGUCUGUCACCGACGGACUCCAAGCCGUUAGAGAACGUCGUGCCUAAGGGCUAUUUCCCAUCUGGUAAGAAGAAGGGCCGGCCCGUUGGAAGCGUCAAUAAGCAGAAACGGGCUCAAACCCAACCCCCAGUGCAACCCCAGAACCAAGCUCAAGUUCAAGUCCAGCCGCCGAGCACAGCUCCGAGUGUUCCCCCGGCUCCAACUACACCAACUCCUCCAGCCCCACCGCCUGCCUCCACCCCACCAGCAACACAGCCCCCCAGCAACACACCAACCCCCACCACACCCACUGUGUCAGAAAAUGCAGUCACUCCCCCGAUAGCUCCCCCGGUUCUGGCCCAGGCGGUAAAAGCUGAUGUUGAAAGUGAGGACACACAGCCAGAGAUCGAGGUGAAGCAGGCGCGCCGCAGACGCAGGGGGGCGAAAGUUGAUGGGGAGUCACUUGAAGUGAGGGGGCGGCAGAGGAGGAGAAGGAGGAGGGCACCGGUUGCGGCCCCACUGCUGCCGCCAACGCUGUCUAAAACUGAGCUGGACGUGCCUUUAGGGGCAGUGGGGACCUUUGGCACAAGCAGAAGUUGCACAGAUCCAAACAGAAAAAACCUCUUUAUUCCUCACAUACAUGUGGAGAAAAAAGUACCUGAGAUCGGAGCAGUGUGUACCAUCGUGAACGCUGAGGACGACAAGAUGAAAGGAGAGCGGGGUGCGGUGGCGGGGAGAGCAGGAGGCGGUGGGAUUGAUUCACUCCUAACCUCAGCUCUUUCCUCUCAGUUAUCUCGGAGAGACAGAGAGUCAGAGAAAAGGGAGACAGAUGAGGUGGAAACCACACUUCAGUCAGGCAAAGCGCUUCCUUCAUCCGGCUACGUUGUUACAGGGCCUGUGAUCACAGAGACCAGUCAUUCAGGCCGCCUGCUUUGCUGCCUGUGUCAGAAAUGGGCAAACUACAAACAUCUCGGAGAUCUCUAUGGGCCGUACUAUCCAGCCGAAUACGCCGCCAAGCUCCCAAAGAACCAGCCCCAGAUCAGACAGUGUCAGGCCACCGCGGGCCCAAACAAAACCGGACCAAAUUUAGACACGAACGCUUUGAGUACACUCCAAGCCACACAAACACGGCCUGCUCAGUUCAACAAGCCGUCCUCUGAGAGUGAAGAUUACAGCUCCUUCCCAGCAGACAGAACUGCCUAUCCCGUUUCAGAAGAGAUGAAGAUGAUGACUCAUACGCCUGAAAAGUUCAGCAGCACCUCUCACCCUGUUAAAACGCCUUCAACCUGGGAUCAAAACCCUGACAUGCGUCCCAUCCCCGAGCUUAAGAGGGAGCCGGACCUUGACAGCAAGCAGCAGCAGGUUCAGAAGCAUCCUCAGCAGCUGACGGAUGACACUCAGCAGCGACCUCAGCACAGAAAGCUGACCUCACACCCGCGUUUUAAAAGGCGACACAAGUCCAGCGAUGACUCCCCCAGGAUGGUGCCAUCCAACAGCAAGGCUUCCCUGCCCUUUCAGCCCCCUCCCCCUGCCUUGGACUCCCUGGGACCCUUGGCACAACUUGCACAGCUGCCACAGAUGCCCAUGGAUCCAGAGGAGCUGUGGGUGCAUGAAGGAUGUAUAGUGUGGACAAGCGGUGUGUACCUCGUCAACGGAAGACUGUACGGCCUCCAGGAGGCACUAGAUGGCGCCAGAGAGACAUGCUGCUCGUUCUGCGAGAUGGUCGGUUCGACGCUGGGCUGCUACAGUAAAGGCUGCACGCUUCGCUACCACUACAUGUGUGCUAUUGAAGCAGACUGUUCUCUAAAUGAAGACAACUUCUCGCUGAGGUGUCCGAAGCACAAGGUAAAGAAGGAGAGUUUACCCAGAGCAUCCGGCCCACCAAGCCAGUGUAUGUGGAGCAGUCAGGGAGAGGCUGAGGGCAGCUGGGAGAAAGAAGAGCAGGAUUUGGGAACCUGGUACCUUGGACAGUAGGACGUCGGGGAACGUGUGAAGCGACUGGACUUGGAUUCAUCGAGCAGAGCGACUAAAGGGAAUGUACAAUUUCUCAGAACUGAAUCAGCAUUACUUGCAUUUCCAGGACAAUGGAGAAAAUGGAAAAUUUUUACCAGAACCAUCGCUCUUUACUUCAAAAGAAAACAGACGAAAACAACAAAGGGGAACUUUUGCUGAGAGAAAAAGGCGUAGCAGAAAACCGAACAAGCUACAGCGAACAAAGCGGGGCGAAAACAGACGAGACCGACGGAGGAAUUAAAGCAGCUUUCUUUGUGAGGAACUAAAGAGACAAACUUCUUCUCCAGGCUUGCUUUGAUUUUCCAGACAACCUUAAAGUGUUUAAAUCCUUGGUUAUCAUUUUUCUGCAUCAUCCUUUUACCUUUUUUAUCUUUUGCUUGCUUUGAGGAGAUGCAUUGGGAGCAAGUUGGGCGUCGGAACCCAGAAAGUCCACUGGGAGACUUGGCCUCGUUUUACCAGUUAGUAUUUUAUGUUACGGUAUUAAACGAUCACAGUUAUUGCUUUAGCCCUCAUUAUUUUGUAUCCUCAUCAGUAUUUACCUACGACAAUGAAAUGGAUGUAUCCCAGUUUAUAUUCAAACAACACCUGAGUUGGAUUUUUAUUUUUCUAUACUUUUCUGUUCCUGGAGGAGGAGGAGCCAGAGCGUCUAAUGUCUGGAAUGUCAGGGUCGAGUUUGCCACAAAGACAUUAUUGCCUUUGAGAAUGGACAUCUGUUGCCUUUAAAGAGAAAACUAAACAAAAAAAAAAAACAA